CUGAAACUUGGCCGCUCGCCAUCCCGCUUCUUUCACUUCCACCACAUUAACUGCGCACUCGCGUCCUUUAUAUAGCUCCUAGUCUUCUUCUUCUUUCUUGGUUCUAUUUUCUCUUUUCAUCUGAAGCGAAAGUUGUUAUACCUCUGUUGCCAGCAUGGCAAGCCCAACGACCGGCUACUCGAUAAACGUCAACGACCCUAGCUUGAUCUCACUGGUGAACAAGCUCCAAGAUGUUUUCUCCACGGUCGGAGUUCAAAACCCCAUCGAUUUGCCCCAGAUUGCAGUAGUUGGAUCGCAGUCCAGUGGAAAGAGUUCAGUCUUAGAGAAUAUUGUCGGUCGCGAUUUCCUCCCCCGUGGUUCUGGAAUCGUCACUCGAAGACCUCUCAUCCUGCAACUCAUCAACAAGCCAUCACAAACAAACGGUGUUAAGGACGAACAGCUCGAGACGACGGAUAAGGAAGCGAAUCUUGACGAGUAUGGCGAGUUCUUGCACAUUCCCGGCCAGAAGUUCUACGACUUCAACAAGAUCCGUGAUGAAAUCGUUCGCGAAACCGAAACGAAGGUUGGCCGCAACGCUGGAAUCUCCGCCGCUCCCAUCAACCUGCGAAUUUACUCUCCCAACGUCCUUACCCUGACACUCGUCGAUUUGCCUGGUUUGACUAAGGUGCCGGUGGGCGACCAGCCGAAGGAUAUUGAGAGGCAGAUCCGUGACAUGGUUUUGAAAUACAUUAGCAAGCCAAAUGCCAUCGUUCUGGCUGUCACUGCUGCCAACCAGGAUCUUGCCAACUCGGACGGACUGAAGCUCGCACGGGAGGUGGACCCGGAAGGUCAGCGCACCAUUGGUGUGUUGACCAAAGUCGAUCUCAUGGACGAGGGUACAGACGUGGUAGAUAUUCUUGCUGGCAGGAUUAUCCCUCUGCGCCUGGGUUACGUUCCUGUGGUCAAUCGUGGACAGCGCGACAUUGAGAACAAGCGGCCUAUUUCCUACGCGUUGGAGCACGAGAAGAACUUCUUUGAGAGCCACAAGGCGUACCGGAACAAGGCGUCUUACUGCGGAACGCCGUACCUCGCCAGGAAGCUCAACUUGAUCCUUAUGAUGCACAUUAAGCAAACGCUGCCGGACAUCAAAUCUCGAAUCUCGUCCUCGCUGCAAAAGUACUCGUCUGAACUGGCUCAACUCGGUGACUCCAUGCUCGGCAACAGCGCCAACAUCAUUCUCAACAUCAUCACAGAAUUUAGCAACGAGUACAGGACAGUUUUGGAGGGUAACAACCAGGAGCUUUCUAGCGUCGAGUUGUCUGGCGGUGCCCGUAUCAGUUUCGUGUUCCACGAGCUGUACUCCAACGGUAUCAAGGCGGUUGAUCCCUUUGACCAGGUUAAGGACAUUGAUAUCCGGACGAUCCUCUUUAACUCGUCUGGUUCAUCGCCCGCCCUUUUCAUCGGAACUACAGCCUUCGAACUCAUUGUCAAGCAGCAGAUUGCCCGACUUGAAGACCCGAGUCUGAAGUGCAUCUCUCUUGUCUAUGACGAGCUUGUCCGCAUCCUCGGUCAACUUCUGAACAAGCAGCUCUUCCGACGGUACCCAAUGCUAAAGGAGAAGUUCCAUGCUGUUGUUAUCGCCUUUUUCAAAAAGGCUAUGGAGCCCACAAAUAAGUUGGUUCGCGAUCUCAUUGCAAUGGAGACCACCUACAUCAACACGGCCCACCCCGAUUUCCUCAACGGGCACCGCGCCAUGGCUAUUGUCAACGAACGCCACGCCGCCGCUAAGCCGACCCAGGUGGACCCUAAGACUGGCAAGCCCCUGCCUCCCCGUGCUAACAGUCCCUCCGUGGAAGCAACUACCCCGGACACCAACAGCUCUUCCGGAUUUUUUGGCAGCUUCUGGGCGUCAAAGAACAAGAAGAAGAUGGCUGCUAUGGAGGCGCCCCCGCCAAACCUCAAGGCAUCCGCCGCUCUUUCUGAGCGCGAAAGUACCGAAGUCGAAGUCAUCAAGCUUCUUAUUACCUCCUACUUCAACAUUGUGAAGCGCACGAUGAUCGAUAUGGUCCCGAAGGCCAUCAUGUACACCCUUGUUCAAUACUCCAAGGAAGGCAUGCAGCGCGAGUUGCUUGAGAACAUGUACCGCAAUGCCGAGCUAGACGACCUCCUCAAGGAAAGCGAUUACACCAUUCGGCGGCGGAAGGAAUGCCAGCAAAUGGUUGAGAGUCUCUCGCGCGCCAGCGAGAUCGUCAGCCAGGUGCAGUGAUUGCAUUAGACUGCGAGUUUGUGAUUCCCAAAUCGUUUUAUCUGUUCUUGGUUUUCGGUGGGAAAGAUUCGACACUUUCUUUUGUUCGCUCGCGGGAUUCUGGGCUUCUGUGUUACGUUCCGUAUACUUUCCUGAUAUGAGCAAGGGGUUGCUACGGCCGCAUUUCUUUCCGAUGUCGGGUCUUGAAUCUUUCUCACGAAUUUGUAUCGCCUAAUGAUGAUGCUUUGCUAGAAUAAGAUUAGUCGUACAGCAC